GUACUUGACCCCCGACUUUUGGUGCGAGGAGUCCUGUGCGGACGGGUACUACCGCAACGGCACGGAGAAGGUGGGCCGGAACUGCGCCCGCUGCCCGGAGAAUGCCAUGAAGUGCAUCGGGCCCUCGUUGAUCACCGAAUGCCGAGAUUGGCAGUACCUCACCCCGGAUGGCACUUGCCAACCCAGUUGUCCAGAAGGCACUUACCCCGAGGGCACCGGCUCGGUGGGCCGGCGCUGCGAGAUCUGCGGGGCGGACUGCGUGAAGUGCUCCAAGGGCAACGUGUGCCAGAAGUGCCGCAACGGCAAGUUCCUGACCCCCGACUUCUGGUGCGAGGCCGCGUGCCCUGACGGCACCUUCAAGAAUGGCACAGGAGCUGUGGGGAAGACCUGUGAUCCCUGCCCGGAGAACAUGGCGGCCUGCAUCCGCCCCACCUAUGCCACAGAGUGCAAGAACUCCAAGUACCUCACGCCGCGCGCCACCUGUGAGGACGCGUGCCCCCACGGCUACUUCCCAAAAGGCGACGGCGAGGUUGGGCGCCACUGCCCGCAGUGCCAUGACGACUGCUACUCCUGCUCCACCAGCUCUUUGUGCACGGAGUGCGACAACGGGAAGUUCCUGAGCCCCAACAUGUGGUGCGACGACACAUGCCCUGACGGGUACUUCCGCAACGGCACGGCGACGGUCGGGAACAACUGCCCCAUGUGCCCCAAGCACGCGAGCAAGUGCAUGAACGCCACCCACAUCAUCGAGUGCAAGGAUGCGCGCU